UCCACACGAGUCGUUGUGCGAAUAAGGUAACUUAAGAAUAUUGGGAAAACACCGAUUUUAAAUUCGGUUUGAAGUUUUUCCCGUGAAACACCUCGCACCAAUUCGUUUGUGCUUAUUUUAUUGGAAUAUUGGGUGCCUUUUAUCGUAAUCAUGGAUGAUAACAUGCGAGAAGAGGCGAUCGACUUAAAAAUUCGACUUAUGCGCGAAAAGAAUAAGAAGUUAGAACAGAGACGAAAACUAAUCGAAGAAGACGAAAGGCAAGCUGAGGCUGCAUCUGCUCAAGCAAAAAGGCAACAACAUUAUGCACCAGAUACCAGAACUAAAAAGGGAGGAAAAUAUAAUGCUCAUAUGGAUCAACCAGAAGAGACACAAGACAAUGAUCGUCAUCAAAGAAGACCUCCUCGUAGAGAUCAAAGACAGCAACCAGAUCAAAGGAGGCAGUAUGAUCGUGGAGAUCAUAAUCCUCCUCAUGAGCGUAGAAGAAACGAGGGAAGAAAUUAUCAUCCGGAAGAGCCAAGAGACGGGGAUCGUGGGUUUGUGGAGGAGAGAAGACACGGGAGGGGAGAGUAUGGAAGACAGAAUCAGCAGAGACCUCAUCGAGGAGGAAGAGGAGGCGGGGAUGCUCAAGGAGGAAGAUACUCGGAUAGACAGGGUGAAGAGCGUGAAAUGCAACGCAGAAGAAACAUCGAACAAAUGGAUGCACAGAUGCAAGGUGAAGAAGGAUGGGAUGAACCAAGAGGUCUUCUUCAAGAUCCAAGGAGAGAAGGAGCAGGAGAAUACUCCAGAAGACCCCCUCCUCCAAAUGUGAGGUACAAUAAAAAUGAUCAACACCAGAGACACAACCAAUACAGGGAUCACCCCCCAUCAAAGAUGAACAACAUGAUGGAGAUGACAGGAAGACAGAGACAGGAUCACGAGAGGUGGAAGAACCAGCAAGAGGCAGCGGAUCGAGAUCGAUUGGCUCGAGCACAAAGAGAAGGAGGAGACUGGAGGAGAGCAUGGGAUAAUGAGAAGAUUGAGCAGGAGAUUGAAGAAGGCAAUAAUCGCAAUCGUCGGGGUGAAAACAGGGGUAGGAGGGGCCGUGGGGGUGGACAGGGAAGGGAACCCAUGCGUGAGCAACCAGAUAACGAGAGAAGCUAUGAAGGAAAUGAGCAACAUCAAAGUCGAGAUCGGAAACACUCCAACAAAGCUAAUGAUGAAGAAUGGCCGUCACUUGAAGCAGGGGGAGAGAAUGAGAGCAAACCAAAGGAGCAAAGAAAGAAACAAAAAAAGAGGAAAGAAAAGAAACAAGAGCCAGAAACAGAAGCAGAUACAAAGCAACAGACUGUGGAGGAGAAUGCUCAAGAUAACAUUGCACCGGAACCUGGAAGCAAAGAAAAAAAAGAAAAUCAAGCAACAGACCCUAUGAGUCCACGAAACUCUGAAUACUCUCGAUACUCCAGAGGUAGGGGUAGAGGGCGGGGUAGGGGGCGAGGCCGAGGUAAACCUAAACCUGAUAACAGACCUGGUGAAAAGGAAGAGGAGUCCCCUGGAAAGGGAAAAUCUCCAAAAUCUCGGGGACAAAGAGACUUAGUUGUUGAUGUUAAUGUGGCUUGCUCCGAUGAGUCAAUGAGGAGCCAGUCCACAGGAUCGGAGGCAAAAACUCCCGAUCAAAGUUCAUCAUCUAUGGUUAGUCCUCUGAAGACACCGGAUAAUUUUGUUCAUGUGAAUGACUGGGCGAUGGAGGUUGAGAUGAGCAGUCCUAACUAUGAUCCCAAGAAGCAUGCUCCUGCUGGAUCUGAACCUCCCAAACUUCCGGAGGUUGCGGAAGUUAAUGAGGAGGGAGAGGAGCUGGCGACUCGGAUAAAUGAAAGUGCUGAGUCAGCACAAAAUAUUUCCGAAAAUGAUAAAGCAGCGGAAAAUGAUGAAACCGCACAAGAUGAUGCAGAACCACAAACUCAACAUGUAGAAGUGGGGGGUGAGGAUAGUUGUGUGGAGGCAGAAACAAUGGAAGCUUCUGUUAAAGGGGAAGAAGCAAAUAAUGAUAAAGAUUUAUUGGAGAAGGCGAAAAUUGUGACAGAUUUAACAUCUGCUCCUCUUCCUGAUGGAGAGUCCUCUCAACUACCAGGGGAAACUGAAAUACAAGGUUCAGAGAAUGUGAAAAAUGAAGACGAGAAAACUGAACCUUCAGACAUAAAAGUUGAAAGUGAUGUUGUUUCUGCGGAAGUGGUGCAGAAAGGUGAUGCAGAAGAAGAUCUCGUUUCCGCUCAAGAGUCCAGUGCUGUGGAAGACUUGGAAGGGAAAAAGGAAGAGGAGGCAUCUUCUGAGGAUGAGUUUGAGGAUGCGGAUACAGGAUCUCUAUCUGCAGAUCGUCAACAGGAGAAAGAGGAAGAACAGGAAAAAGAAGAGAGAAGGGAAGAUGAGAAAGAAAAGAUAAUUCAGGAAAAAGAAGAGAAAAGGGAAGAUGAGAUAGAAGAGAAAAAGGAAGAUGGGAAAGAGGAGAUGAAUGAGGAGAGUAAGGUGGAGAGAAAAGAGGAUAAAGUAACCAAAAUUGAAGAAGAAAAUGUGGAAGAGAAAAAGGACGAUAAGGAAACUUGUACAAAAGAAGUUACGAUCAUAACAUCAACUGUAGACGAAGUUUCUGAAAGCGUUGUUGAUUGUUGUGUUGGUGAAAUGGUGCGAAAAGUUUCAGAAGAAAUUGAUGGGGUUUAAAACUAAUUUUCUAUUCAUUCAGUUUUGACAUCUUUUAAUAUCCUUCAGUUGUUAAGGAUCACAGAAUCUGUUUUUCGCUUUAUAAAAAGUGCUCGCUUAGUAUGUGCAUCAAAUGCAUGCAAUUAUGGUUUCUAUUCGCAAAUUAAAAGCACGCAUAAAGUGCA